AUGGCCAACAACACCGAUACAAAACCCGCAGUAUUGGAUAAGGCUACUUCCGGUUCAGUGCGUCGUAGUGCCGAGGCAGUUGCAGCAAGUGCCAGAGUUGCAACUGAGAACAUGCAAAGGGCUGCCGAUUCAGCAGACCGUGUGACGUUGGCACAAACCGCCUCAGCCAUUCAAAUCGCUCAGGGAAACAAGGCAAUCCGGAUCUUGACCGAAAUAAAUGAUCAUCUUGGCGAGAGCAACAGCAUUGCCGUAUCUGGCAGCGGAGGCCCUGACGGUUUUGCUCAGCACGUCUACGAUUUUAUCAGAGAAGAAACUGAUAACAUCGAUGAGUCUGAGGCGGAUAAGCAUCGUUUCUUUGUGUAUCAUCCUGACACAAACUGGUAUGGAGCAUUCCGUCGACUGAUUCGUGAAGACCCUCUUCCGCCCACGUUUUGUGCCAAGUCAGAUAACUUGGACACCUUAUGUCAGUACAUGCAAGGUGUCAGGGCACAAUGUGGAAAAGAUGUCGUCUUCCACUUAUCGAUCCCCGCCUGGAGCCGCAUCUCCAUCAAGGAGCCCUUACAUUUCCCGGACGGCCUUCAGCCAUUUCAAGUCAAAGGAAGGAAGCACAAGGGCAAGCCUUAUGUUGAGUUCAAUCUUCCAGCAGCGCCGGCUGGACUUUUGCACGGUGUUGCGAAUAAUGUUCCUAACAGCAUAUGUUCACACGCAACUGCGAGUACAGUGUCAGCUGCCGUAACCGCGCCAGCGGUGGGCUGGGGUGUCAAUGGUGUUUGUCUUGCUCUUGGAGUUGGUAUAGGUACCAUCACAGGAGCCGGGAUGUUGGUCGGCGUUCCGAUCUGGAUCGCAACUGGAAUGCCGGCUAUGAGCAUCACAGCACCAGUCAUCGAAAAAGCUGUCUAUGGUGCUCUUUGUGAAGAAGCACCAAGGAUAUUAGGGUCUAACCGACGCUUAUACAUGAGUCCAUAA